AUGAAUUUUGACCAGAAGGCUGUGAAAUUCCUGGCUAACUUUUACAUCAAUGGAGGCAAACACUGGACCCAUGGCAGCCUGAGGCCAAAGUUGCCGGCCCAGUUCAAGGCUGCAGUAUUGUUGAGCCCGAGCCAGGGGGAGGCCUGGGAGGAGAUGUUGCGUUCAGGGGUGCAGGAGUUCUCAGGGGUCCUCAGGAUGUACAUGAGCCCUCUCCAGGGGUCCUGGCCGAUCUACACCCGGAACCUGAAGGAGCUGUGGUUGGAGCGACGACCCCCCAUCUUGAUCGACCUGGACUCCCCGGGCCCCACCAAGUAUCAGGUGCCCGAUGCUUCAGUGCGCGAAUCCUCCCCGCACCCCCACUUCAGCAUCGGCUGCAAGCUCCCGGUCCACGAGGGCGGUGGCCGCAGGGCGUGGCAGACGCUGUGGUUCCAGAGCGAAAGCCCCUUUACGCAGAAAGCCGACUUCGGCCGGGAGAAAAAGGGCCCUCUGUCGGCCCUGGGCAAGGAGCACCCCAGCCCGGACACCUACGACAUCCUUCCCGGGUACCGCCUGCGGAGCCCGCGCGCGCCGGCCUUCUCCCUGAGCCGCUCGCCCGCGUUUGGCUCCUGGGUCAGCGACUCCCGCACCCCCGGCCCCGCCGCCUACGACGUGGAGGAUUGCUUUAACUCCCGCUUCCCCUCGGCGCCUGGCGUGGUCAUCCAGGGCGUGCGAAGACCCAAGCGCCAUGAAACAGGCCCCUUCUGCACGAUUUAA